CCCCGAAAUAACCGGCCCCGCUUCGCCUUCACCGGGAGGAGGACGAGGAAGGGGGAUUCGCUCUUUCUCCCCAGCGGGAGCUGGGGAUCGGAGGUGGGAGGGAAGCGGUGGAUGAACGUGAAAUCCUCGGCUGCUUUCCGAUCGGAGUGCAGCUUUCACCGGUCAGCGUCGCCCGCCGGCACCAUGGAGCUUUUCGGGAGCUUCGUCCGGCCCCGCGGCGAGACCUUGGGGUUCCCAGCUCGGCCUGGCAACACCGGCACGGUGAAGACCUUGGGCAACACCUAUCAGUUCACGGUGGAUGUCAGCGACUUUGCCCCCGAGGACAUCAUCGUCACCACCUCCAACAACCAGAUCGAGGUGCAUGCCGAGAAGCUGGCUGCGGACGGCACCGUCAUGAACACCUUCACACACAAAUGCCAGCUGCCUGAAGACGUGGACCCCACAUCGGUGUCAUCCUCGCUGGGGGAUGAUGGCACGUUGACCAUCCGGGCUCAGCGACAGCCCGCCAAGCACACCGACCACGUCCAGCAAACCUUCCGGACUGAGAUCAAGAUCUGAGGGAUCGCGGUGGCGGGGGGUCCCUUUUUCCCCCCUCCCUCAUUAAUUAUUUGGGUGAUUUAGGAAAGAAGUGGGACGUGGGGUAGGGGAUGGGAACACUCCCCCAUGGAGGGGGAGCUGAGGGGCCGGCACGGAGAGACGCAUCCCAUCGCCCACUGGAGAAACUCCGGAGGGGAGUCCCGGCUCCGGUGAUUUUUAGCCGGCGAGGGUUGAUGGGGAAGAUCCAGCAUGCCAAGAGCCCCGCCGGGAGCGAGGUUCCCUUCCCCAACCCUCCGCCAGAGCUUGUCUCUGUAUAUACAGCUUGUGAUAAAUUAUUGAGAAUGCCUGA